AUGUUUAUUGACGUAAAAUGUUAUAUUGACAUAGUGAGUUCUAUUUGUUGAAAUACAUUUGAAUACAAUGUUUAUGGUGAUAUAAUGGCACUGAUAACAAAGUCAACAGCUGUAACAGUAUUGUUUAUAACAGGGAUAAUUAAGGCAAAAUCUGAAAGCGAUCCAAUUUCAAAAGAACCAUAUAGGCCACUCGGUCCUUUAGUUAAAUGUUCAUAUCUACCGCUGGAAUUCCUAGAUUGCGACGAACCUAUCGACCAUAAAGGGAAUCACACCGCCCGGCAAGCCACAGGCCAUGGUUGCGUCAAAUUUGGAGGUGUCCGAUAUGAUCAAGUUGAGAAAGCUAAAGUUCAGUGCAAAGCCUUGGAUGGAAUUGAAUGUUAUGGCAGUCGAAGCUUUCCGCGUGACGGUUUCCCGUGUGUGCGAUACUCUGGACAUUACUUUACGACCACCUUGAUUUAUAGCAUCUUGUUAGGAUUCCUAGGUAUGGAUAGAUUUUGUCUUGGUCAAACAGGAACAGCUGUGGGGAAACUUUUGACCCUAGGAGGGCUUGGUAUUUGGUGGAUCGUUGAUGUAGUGUUAUUGAUUACCAACAGCCUACACCCUGAAGAUGGUAGUAAUUGGAAUCCAUAUGUUUAAUAAUACCUGUAUGUAUGGAAUUUCAUCAAAAAUGAAAUUGAUUCAUUAUUGUUAUAAUUAAAUGAAUAUAAUUAUUAUACUGAACCUUCUU